UAAAAUGGCUUCCUGUCCCAGGGUUUCCUGUAUCCAUGGCAACCUGACUUUAACCACUUCUGCCUUAGUUUCCUGAGCGAACAGUUGCAAAUCCUGGGGCAAAAUGUGAGCACUGCAGUAUGCAGCAGUACUGCCUUUACAAAGGUUUCACAAAUGAAUGUAGUCAGUCAGCUUGUAACUUGUAGCCCAGUGAACUGCAAAACCACAAGAUAACAGAAAUAAUGAACUUCAGAUUUGGGCAAAGUCAGAGAUGAGUGAGAAGGCCAAAGACAGGGAUAUGUGUGGUCUGCAAAGUUCUCCACCCUGCCCGGGAGCAUUCCUGUAUAUCCUUAAUUGUUUUCUUUUGUUGCUGCUCCAGAAGGAGGCUCUUGGCUGUCCAGCUGCUUGCCAGCUCUGCACAGGGAGACAAGUUAGCUGUCGUAAUUUAGGGCUUUCGAGCGUCCCGUGGAACUUUCCAAAAACGACAAUUCUUGUGUACCUCAGUGGGAAUAAUAUAUCGCGUGUUACUCCAAAUGAACUGAGAGGCCUUCAGAAGCUUGCUGCACUCCACAUGGAUAAUUCCAGUAUUCUGUAUGUACACCCAAAAGCUUUUGUGGAACUCCCCAAACUGUGCUACUUGCAUCUAAAUAACAAUAAUAUUAAACGCCUGGAUCCAGGAAUCUUUCAAGGUCUUUCCAAUCUUCGUUGUUUAUACCUUCAGAAUAAUCAGAUAGCUUUUGUUCCCAGGGGAUUAUUUAGUGAUCUUCUUUCUGUUAGAUAUUUAACACUUCAAAGAAAUCGUCUCAGUGUCCUUGGAAGUGGGACUUUCUUGGGAAUGAUAAGUCUCCAAACACUUAACCUAGCCAAUAAUAGGAUUUCACGGAUAUCAGAUUCAGCAUUUCAUCAUCUUGAAAACCUUGCAUAUUUGUUCCUUGAAGGUAACAACUUAACACUUGUGCCAUCGAAUGCUAUCGGAAGGCUCAAAAAUCUUGAAAGACUUUCUUUGUCUCACAAUCCCAUUGGAUCAAUACAUCCUUUUGCAUUUAAAGGACUUAACAAGCUUAGAUAUCUGUCUUUAAAAAAUGUAAAGCUAAAAUGUAUUGCUGUAAAUGUUUUUUUUGGAUUAAACAACCUCAGCCAGUUAAUCUUAAGUUAUAAUGAUUUAGAAAAUAUCAAUUCCAGCACUUUUACUUUAUUGAACAAUUUAAUGUAUCUGCAGCUAGACAGAAAUAAAAUAACCAGCAUUGCUGAUAGGACCUUUGAAAAAAUGGGUCAGUCACUUAAAAUACUCAGUUUAGCAUUCAAUAAUAUGACAGAGUUGCAACCUGAAGUGCUCAAGCCCUUAGUGUCUUUAACGCAUUUACAGGUAAAUUACAAUCCUUGGAACUGCAGCUGCAAAAUGCUUGGGUUACUGAAUUGGUUGGCAUCGUCUCCUCUCUCUGUAAAAAUUCAUUGUCAGAAUCCCCUGAGUAUGCGUGGUAGACCUUUGCAUUACAUCAAGUGGACUCAGUUUGCAAACUGCAGUAGCCCCACGGCCAGCCCGGGGACAGCCUGGGGUCUGGGGUCCGUAGGUGUCCGUCACAGCCCUGCCACUGUGCUGAUGGCGUGGCACAAGGGGAACGGGCGCAACGCGCUUGAGCGGUUUGUCAGUGCAGAAACUCAACAUGUUGCUCUCUGGGACGGAACCGCAGCUACAUCUGCUAACCCACUGACCUUUGGUGAAAAUGCUGCUGAGGCUCCAUCACGGGCAACUACAGUAGUGUCAACAGUACCUGUGCGAAUGCCAGCGCAGGGUAUACCUGCUAACAGAACCCUAGGAGAAGGGUUAUUGCCAACAGAUGCUGCUCCUGUGUCAUUACAGACAUCCCUACUUUGUUCACAACAGGUUGAAAACCUGAAUCAGGCUUUUGACAUUUUACUAGCCUUUUUUAUUCUGGCUUGUGCUGUGAUCCUGUUCUUAACCUGUAAAGUUAUUCAGUUUAGGCAGAAACUAAAGGUUCUAGAAAACUCAGGGGAAAAGAGAAUAGAAUAUUACGGUUUUUAUCAGCCUGGCAGAUACAACAUAAGUGACCCAGUGCAGUCUCUAACUCGGAAUUCAGUGGGGCAUUCAGAACUCGAUCAAAUUAGGCUGCUCAAGCGAACAGCAUCCGAAAGUCAGGCACAGGUCAUAUUGUUUGAACAUUCGUCAUUGUAAUUUGUCUCAUUUGAUUUGAUGUUUACUUUAUGGUGAUCUGAAAUGUCAAGAAAUUAAGAACUUAAGAAUUUUUCAGAAAACAUCUUCACUGAUGAAAAUCAACUGGUUGGUAGACUUAUGGAAAAUGGUAUCAUUUGGGCUGUGCAUUAUUGAUUGCUUCCUGAAUAUUUUGAAGCUUAUUGAUUUUUAUUAGAUGUCAUUUAAAUCUGACACGGAUGGGUAUGUCUUCCUCUAUCCUUGUUGGAGGAAUUGUUCACCUACAACUCAAGUAUACAUGCAAUAUAAAGUACACCUAUAUUUAUUUUGAUUUUGCAGUACUUCAUGGUAUAAAUUUAUAUAGAAAUUCCAUAAUUAACUUGAAUCUUGAAGCCAUCAAAACAUCACGUUUUACCAGAAUCAUGAAGCCAGGGAGUGAGGAAAAAAGCAAUGCUUCAUUUAUUUAUUGUAAUGCAGUUUGUACUCUGCCUCUAUUAAUCAUCACAGUGGGGGGAAAAAAGCAUAUUUGCAUCUAGCAUGUUCAAACUCUCAAGGAAAAGAAACAUUUAAAAGGAUACAGAUUUCAUUUAUACCUAUGACAUACUUUAAUAUUAAAAGUUUUGUAUUCAGUCUGUAUAAUGAGUAUAUUAAAGUGAAUUUUUUGUUAGUGUGUAUCUGUAUAAUUUUAUGAUAAUAACUGGAGUUAAUGGGGAAACUGAAUUUCUAUUGGAAUGAAAAAUUGACCAAGUUUAUUAUGUGUAAGGUAAU